AUGAGUGUAUUAAGCGUUGCCGACAUUUCAAACUCAGACUCAGACUCAGACUCAGACACAGAUAUUAGCUUGGACGAGGAGGAUGAAGAAUUGAUUGGGAGGGUCUUUUUUAGUCAUUUGGACCAAGUGGGACAUCUAAAAGUCAAAGAUAGUGAUAUGGAUGAAGUGGCUGACGAGGCAGAAUCAAUACCCAUCACCGCUGAAGAUUUGCAGGAUAUAGAUGACCCUGAACUUGCGGAGCAGUAUUGGAGAACCAAACGAAGCAGGACUAUUGAAGAGCUUUCCAAAGAGGAGCAGAAGAGGUUGCUAAUUACCAAUUUGACAAACGAUCAGAUGGAGAGGUUUGAAUUCUAUCGAAGACUGACAAUCAACAAAGGAGGAAUAAAGCGUAUUUGCAAUGGUGUGGUUGGACAUUCGAUUCCGCAAGUGUUGGCCACAGUGCUAGCGGGGGUCUCAAAACUGUUUGUAAGCGAGAUUAUUAGUGGUGCAUUUGAAGUACAACAAAGAGAGCACAAGGCUAAACUACUUGAUGAUAUACAGGAAAAGAAACGACGGAAGAAGAACUACAUAGCCCAGUCUUUGGAAACACACGGAGAACGUUUAGACAACGACAACAAUAAAACCAACUACAACGAUGGCAAACAAAACAUCCACAAGGACAGCAAGGACGACAAAAUAAACAACGGCAAGGACGACAAAAUAAACAACGGCAAGGACGACAAUAUAGAUAAUGCCAACAGUAAUGAGCAAAACAACGACAAGAAUGACAAAGAAAUCAACGACAACGACGACAACAACAAUAAUAACAUCAGCGACAACAAAAGCGAUAAGAACGACUUAGAAUUGCUGUAUGCUGGUGACACACCGUCUCCGUUGAAUGCACGUCAUAUAAUGGAAUCAUGGCGCCGACUCAAAGCCCUGGCAAGCGGGGUACUCGAUGACAAUAACGACGUCUUAUAG